AAUUUUCUCAGAAACCCUAACCCUAGCCCCAAAUAUAUGAAUUAUACCCAAUUUUGACUGGAAACCCUAACCCUAGCCCUAAAUUUUCCAAUUAGAUUCUCCCAUUUGCCAAUCUUCAAUUCCAAUUCUCCAUUUAUUUUCUAGUAACUCAGCAAUCAAAACCCCCAAUCAUCUUCACCAUAUAUUUGUAUAUAUAUAAAGAUAUAGGUAUAGAGAAAUGGUGAGCUCAGGAACAGAAUCAGGACCGUUGGAUUGUGGAAUUGGGAGUAUAGUUUGGGUCCGAAGGCGAAACGGGUCGUGGUGGCCGGGUAAAAUACUGGGUCCUGAUGAGCUGUCAGCUUCUCAUUUGAUGUCUCCAAGAUCUGGUACUCCAGUUAAGCUUCUUGGAAGGGAAGAUGCCAGUGUGGAUUGGUAUAAUUUGGAGAAGUCAAAGCGAGUCAAAGCAUUCCGGUGUGGCGAAUUUGAUGAUUUUAUUCAACGGGCUGAAGCUUCCCUAGGUAUGCCUCCGAAGAAAAGAGAGAAGUAUGCACGACGUGAAGAUGCAAUACUUCAUGCUCUUGAACUUGAGAGGCAGUUAGGUAAAAGAUAUGGGCUUUUAGGUUGUUCAUCCACUGAUAGAAGCAAUAAAUCUACUGAUGAUUUUUCCGGAAGAGAGUCACAGACAUAUUCAAAAUACUUGGAUAAUGGAAAGGGGAGACGUUUAAGAUCUAAAUCUCGUCAACUUUCUCAUAAGUCUGGUUUCUUCGUUGAGGAAAAGAGUACAUGCAACUUUUCUUCUAUACAGCAACCCAAAGGUCAUAAUCAGUUUAGUGGGGAUGAUGAUAAUUCCGAUGUACCUCCGAGGAUGAGAGGUUUACAGGAUUUGGGCCUCAGCACUGCUCCUUCAGAGCAUAGAAAUCUUCCAUCAGUUGCUUCAGAUGGUGCUGACCGACCUGUCCUUGAUAGGAGCGUUGAUGCCGUUCCUGAUGGGAUCUAUAACGCAGAACGCCUAGUUAGUAUUGAGAGAAAAAAUUUGUCAGUCAAAAGGAAAUUAUCAGAUGAAGGCUUGGCCGAAGAAAUUCUUGUCAAGAGGCGUGGUAGGAGCUGCCCUCUUGCUCAACUUUUGGAGAGUUCUGAAAAUUUACCUGACUCAGGUUCUGUUUCUAUCUCCGAGAUGGGAGAGGAGCAUCCAGGAGUUGCAAAGAAAAGCAGAUGUAAUUUGGCAGAAGAACCUACAGAAUCUUUGACUGUUGAAGAGAGUAAUCAUGCCCAGAUGGAACUCUCAACAUUGAAGCGCAAAGAUACUGGUUCUCAUCCUGCUGAGUUAUGUGAACAGAAUGCUUCUGGGUCUACAGAAUAUACAGAAACUGAUUCUUCUGAAACAGAUUCUGCGGAAGAUACUGAUGACGAGUUGGCCACAAUUUCAGAUGGUGCGGCAUCCAUUGAGCUAGAACCAAAAUAUAUAGGAAGAUCUGAAGCACAACCUGGACAUGGAAGCAUCAGCAGCGAGGAACUGGAUGAUGGAACUUCUCAUACAUGUCAUCAGGAAUCUGUCUCUACUGGAUUUGGGGUGUCAAAAUGGCAAUUAAAAGGGAAAAGGAAUAAUCGAAGUCUUAACAGGAGGCCUCUGGAUCCUUUUGAUGGAGACCUUGCGUUAAGACCUUGUCACAUGAAUAGUUUCAGGGGAAAGAGGGGUUAUGGUUCUCUUCAAGAUGAUCCCGUUAUGAACUCUUGGGUGCAAAUGGCUGGGUAUGGAUCUAGAGCUCCACGUAAUGCUGGCCAAAAUAUGUUCAGUUGCGUGGAUUGGGCUUGGGAUGAUCAACCUGCAAGCAAAGGUUACUGGGAGGAGUCUACUGAGGGUUUUGAUUCUGUCAAUAGCUACCAUCAUUCCGGUGGCAGGACCAUGCUGGUCAAUGUGGACUUAAAAGUCCAAUCAAGCUAUCAGAGAGAGCACGUGCCUAUGAUUUCAUUGACGAGUAAGAUAAACGGCCAGGCGAUAGUUGGAUAUCCUGUCCAAAUUGAGGUGCUUUCAAACGGGUCUUCUGAAAGCCUCCUUUGGGCAGUUGAUGGGAAUUUCCCAGAAACAUCUGAUAAUGAUACAGCACUCCAACCUAUGUGGAGGACUGCUCGCAGGACUGGCAAUGUUCGCGUUCCACGGCCACAUGCAUCAUCAGCAUUGGAUAAUGCUGAAGGAAUCAAGCAUGUACAAGGUUUUGACUGCGACAAAAAUGUCCAAAAAGCUAGCGUAGGAGGCGGCGUUCAAAAGGGAAGCAUGACAAGGACGGCUAUUUCCCGGCCUGCCAUAGAAAGAACAUUUCCAAGAAAGUCCGGAAAAAGGAUUAGUGUUUCUUCUUAUCAAAAGGUAAGAACACUUUCUUCUAUAGCCUUGCAGCAGAAACAUAGUGAUCAGAAGGGUAGUUCCACCAGUCAUCAAGUGGAUGCGGCAAUCAAACGAGAGACACUGCCAACAGUCAUUGCUUGUAUUCCAGUUAAGCUAGUGUUCAGUAGGCUAAGUGAGGAGUUGGUGGGCCGUCAUCAGUAAUAAUUUCUACUGGGGCUGAAGGACAUCAAUACAGACAAUAAUAUAGUGGCUUGUAAAAAAAUGGAGGGAUCUAAUAAUAUAAAUAUUGUACCAACUAGCAGACCAUUUCUUGGUGAUCUUUUUUGCUCCAGGCAAAUGCAGCUUGAAUGUGAAGGUAAAGCCGGCAAGGCAUACCAUAGGACAUUGUUUUAGGAUGGUAUCUCAGUUGUACAUGUUUUUUUUUUUUUUUUUCACAAGUAAUUUUAUUUAUUUAUUUUGUUUUUGAGGUGUGGGAGUGUGGAAAGCUGAAGGUGGGUUAGACACAGAUAGUAGGCUCUAUAUAUAUAUAUGACAUUAUGUAUGUAAAUUGUCUGACUUAUCUAUGACUUGGUGCCUUUCCCAGCGUGAAACAAACAGAAA